CCGGGCCGGUCAGCGGCGGUUUCCUCCAGUCUCGGGAUCAAAAUAGGUGAGUAUCGCAGAGCUCGCCUCUUGGAGGCCUCUUUCUGAAGGCGGAGGACGCGGGGCGGCUCGCUCAUGGGCUGGGCGGCUCCGCAGGGUAGACGAAGCCUGCAGCGUCCGCACUGGGCUGGGAACGGUUUGCAAGGGGAGCGCUGCUGGCGCCCCGGAGCCGGCCAGCUGGCUGGCGGCCCCACCAUCGCAAGUGCCCCGCACCUGCCCGCCUGCUCUGAGCAUCUAGAGAAGGCGGCAUUUCGCAUGGGUAAAAUCCGCGCCUGGACGCCGGGAGAAUGUUGUUGCUCUUGCCGUUUGGCCCAUUGUACAGACGCAGCCAGCGAGGCUCGCAAAGCUCAGGGAUGCACGUAGGACUGGCCCGCACCUUGCAGCCACGGAAAGAUCCGCCUGGCCCGCGGCCCCUCCACGCCUCCGAGGUCGAGACAGUGACAUAAGUCAACUCUCGAGCCCAGGGCGUCUCUCCACUCUGCUUACACGUCCACUCCGUCUGCCUGCAGCUACGGCCGGUGCGUCCCGCUCGACUCCCUCUGCUUUCCUUCUCAGCUUCUCUCCUGCAGACUGUUCCGGCGCCGCUGCCUGAAAUUACCUGCCCCGGGGGAGGCGCAGCGCGCGGCGCGCGGCGCGCAGCCUCAUGACGGAACUACAACUCCCAUGAGGCGCUGGGCACACGCAGGCGCGCCGCGGCUGAACUCGCCGCGCCGGAAUCCUAUUGGCUGGGCCGACUCUGAGGCGGGAGCCCUGAUUGGUUGAUGGGUCUGAGGCGACAGAUUCCGGAAAGGGGAAGAGCAGCCAACAUGGCGGCGGAACGCGGCGCGGGGCAGCAACAGUCGCAGGAGAUGAUGGAGGUUGACAGGCGGGUCGAGUCCGAAGAAUCUGGCGAUGAAGAAGGGAAGAAACACAGCAGUGGCAUCGUGGCAGACCUCAGUGAACAGAGCCUGAAGGAUGGGGAGGAGCGGGGGGAGGAGGACCCAGAAGAAGAACAUGAGCUGCCUGUGGACAUGGAAACCAUCAACCUGGACAGAGAUGCAGAGGAUGUUGAUUUGAAUCACUGUCGCAUUGGGAAGAUUGAAGGAUUUGAGGUACUGAAGAAAGUGAAGACUCUCUGCCUCCGCCAAAAUUUAAUUAAAUGCAUUGAGAAUCUGGAGGAGCUACAGAGUCUUCGAGAGCUGGAUCUUUACGACAACCAGAUCAAGAAGAUUGAGAAUCUGGAGGCGCUAACAGAGCUGGAGAUUCUAGAUAUUUCUUUUAAUCUGCUGAGAAACAUCGAAGGGGUUGACAAGUUGACACGACUGAAAAAACUCUUCUUGGUCAACAAUAAAAUCAGUAAAAUUGAGAACUUAAGCAACUUACAUCAACUACAGAUGCUAGAGCUGGGAUCUAACCGCAUCCGGGCAAUUGAAAAUAUUGACACCUUAACCAACCUGGAGAGUUUGUUUUUGGGGAAAAACAAAAUUACUAAACUUCAGAACCUGGAUGCGCUCACCAACCUGACAGUCCUCAGUAUGCAGAGCAACCGGCUGACCAAGAUCGAGGGUCUGCAGAACCUGGUGAACCUGCGGGAGCUGUACCUUAGCCACAAUGGCAUCGAGGUCAUCGAGGGCCUGGAGAACAAUAACAAACUCACGAUGUUGGACAUUGCAUCAAAUAGAAUCAAAAAGAUUGAAAAUAUCAGCCAUCUAACAGAGCUGCAAGAAUUCUGGAUGAACGACAAUCUCCUUGAGAGCUGGAGCGACCUCGAUGAGCUGAAGGGAGCCAGGAGCCUGGAGACGGUGUACUUGGAGCAGAACCCCCUGCAGAAAGACCCCCAGUACCGGCGAAAGGUCAUGCUCGCCCUCCCCUCCGUGCGGCAGAUUGACGCCACGUUCGUCAGGUUCUGAGUCCUCCUUGCUCCUCCUAUGGUCCCUGUCCUCGGAAGAACUGCCCAGCCACGGUUUUUUAACCCACCUGUUGCUCCUGAGGUCAUCACUAUAUCAACAGUCAAAAACCCAAUGGCAAUAAAGGCACUGAGGAUAGCUGACGCGCGAUGCCACGCGCCAUUUUCAGAUGCCAUUGCAAUUAAACCUUGCCACACGGUC